AUGUCGCAUGAAAGAGCCGAUCCGACGCAUCUUUUAGAGCCACCAUUAAAAAUUUAUGUAAGUUAUCUUAAAGAGCGUGCAAGACUCCGCGUUCAUUUAAAUGAUAACUCAAAAAUGUACAUGGAAGGAAAUCUUUUAGGUUUUGAUGAAUAUAUGAACUUAGUUCUAGGUGAUUCGUAUGAAGUUUAUCCAAAAGAAAAUACCCGAGUUCCUUUAGGCACUUCUCUUCUCAGAGGAGAAUGCGUUGGAAUGGUGCAUCCAAUUCCUAACAUCCAUAUUUAA